AUAGUGGGCAGAGUUCUAAGUGAGCGAAUAGGGUUGGACCGUUGGAAUAUUGCUGCCGCAGAGGCUGCAUAUGAUGAUCAAAGUCCAAGACUAACAGUCCAUAAUUUAGAGUCAAAUGAAGAUGGCUUCUCUUCGCUUUAAGUCGGUUGAUAUUGUUUUUAAUAUUCCUUCAGAACGUGCUACUAUAUUAACCCAUACCAACGCCACAACAAUAAAACUCACAUGGUAACAAAUAAUCCAUCAGAGCAGUGACACGUAACCGUAACCGUAACAAAUUGCAGAGGUGAGUCACCUUCCGUCCUCUUAACACACACAAGUUGACGCUUGAACGGGUCACCAUUAAAAUCAGCAACUCAACUCCAUUUCAUAGAAACAAAAACAUAAGAAGAAUAAGAAGGGAUCACCGUGGUCAUGGAACAGAAGAGCUUGUUGAUAUCGGCGCUGAGUGUUGGGGUUGGAGUGGGAGUUGGGAUAGGCUUAGCUUCUGGACAAAGCCUUGGUAGCACAUGGGGUGCAACUUCUUCUUCUUCUUCAAACUCAAACGCCAUCACUCCCAUGAAAUUGGAGCAGGAAAUGCUUAAACUCGUGAUUGAUGGCGGAGACAGCAACAUUACUUUUGAUAACUUCCCUUAUUAUCUCAGUGAGCAGACAAAGGUUUUGUUGAUAAGUGCCGCUUAUGUUCAUUUAAAGCAUGCUGAUAUUUCCAAAUAUACGCGCAAUCUUGCUCCUGCAAGCCGAACUAUUCUGCUUUCAGGGCCAGCAGAACUUUACCAGCAGGUUUAUGCCAAGGCUUUGGCUCACUACUUUAAGGCCAAGUUGCUUCUCUUGGAUUUAACUGACUUUUCGUUGAAGAUUCAGAGUAGAUAUGGUUCUUCUGCAAACAAGGAAUCUGCUUCCUUCAAAAGAUCUACUUCAGAGUCCACUCUGGAGCGGUUAUCUGACAUGUUUGGAUCAUUUUCAAUCUUUUCACAGAGGGAAGAGCCUAAGGUUGCAGGCAAAAUACAGAGGCAAAGCAGUGCAAUGGACCUCCGAUCAAUGGGGACUGAAGGAUCUUGUAAUCCUCCUAAGAUUCGUCGAAAUGUGUCUGCCUCCGCAAAUAUUAGUAGCCUUGCCUUGCAAAGCAAUUCUUCAAAUUCAGCUCCUCUGAAGCGCACAACCAGCUGGUCUUUUGAUGAGAAGCUUCUUAUACUGACCCUUUACAAGGUUCUGCUUUUUGUGUCAAAAACCAAUCCCAUUGUGCUAUAUCUGCGAGAUGUUGACAAGUUGCUACAUAGAUCAACAAGGAUUUUUAACCUGUUCCAGAAAAUGUUGAGUAAAUUAUCUGGACCAAUUCUGAUUCUUGGUUCACGAGUUUUGGAUGCUGAUAACGACUUCCAAGAGGUAGAUGACAGACUUAGUUUGCUGUUCCCUUACAAUCUGGUAAUCAGACCCCCAGAAGAUGAAUCGCAUCUCGUCAGCUGGAAGAGUCGGUUUGAAGAGGACAUGAAGAUGAUACAGGUUCAGGAUAACAAGAACCAUAUCAUGGAAGUGCUUGCAGCCAAUGAUCUUGAUUGUGAUGACCUGGACUCUGUCUGUGUGGCGGACACAAUGGUUCUCAGCAACUAUAUAGAAGAGAUUGUUGUGUCUGCAAUUUCAUAUCAUUUAAUGAAUAACAAAGAUCCUGAAUACAGAAAUGGGAAACUUGUUAUUCCAUGCAAUAGUUUGUCCCGUGCAUUGAGUAUAUUCGAGGAAGGGAAAUUCAGUGAAAAAGAUACGUUAAAAUUAGAAGCUCAGGCAGUAAAAUCUGAGAAAAAGGAAGAACCUGCUAUGAAACGAGAAGCAAAGUCUGAAAAUCCUGUUCCUGUUAAGAAGGCUGAAGCAGAAAUAUCAACUUCAGUGGUAAAGGCUGAGGGUGAAAACUCAGCUCCAGCUCCCAAAGUUGAAGUUCCUCCUGAUAAUGAAUUCGAGAAGCGAAUAAGACCUGCGGUAAUACCAGCAAAUGAAAUUGGUGUGACAUUCUCAGAUAUUGGUGCCUUAGAUGAGACCAAGGAAUCCCUUCAAGAACUAGUAAUGCUUCCUCUUCGAAGGCCGGAUCUCUUCAAAGGAGGCCUUCUAAAGCCCUGUAGAGGAAUAUUGCUGUUUGGUCCUCCUGGCACUGGAAAGACAAUGCUGGCAAAGGCCAUCGCGAACGAGGCCGGGGCAAGUUUCAUAAACGUGUCCAUGUCUACCAUCACUUCCAAAUGGUUUGGUGAAGAUGAGAAGAAUGUUCGCGCUUUAUUCACGCUGGCAGCCAAGGUCUCGCCAACAAUCAUAUUUGUUGAUGAGGUUGACAGCAUGCUUGGGCAACGGAGCAGAGUUGGGGAGCAUGAAGCCAUGAGGAAAAUCAAGAAUGAGUUUAUGACUCACUGGGAUGGACUAAUGACAAAACCGGGGGAGCGCAUCCUUGUUCUUGCUGCAACCAAUAGGCCCUUUGACUUGGAUGAAGCAAUUAUUAGGAGAUUUGAAAGAAGAAUUAUGGUAGGGCUACCAUCUGUGGAGAAUAGGGAAAAAAUUUUGAAGACACUUCUGGCAAAAGAGAAGGUGGACGAGGAUCUUGAUUUGAAGGAACUUGCAACUAUGACGGAAGGAUACAGUGGCAGUGACUUGAAGAACUUGUGCAUAACUGCUGCUUAUAGGCCUGUUAGAGAGUUGAUUCAACAAGAGAGACUAAAGACUCUGGAGGAAAAGCAGAAAGGUAGCCAAGGAGAUAGUCCGGAUACAGAAGAUGAAGUUAAGCAGAAAAGGGUUAUUAAACCUAGGCCCUUGAAUAUGCAGGACUUGAAAGAGGCAAAGAAUCAAGUAGCUGCAAGCUUUG